AUUGACUUCAAAAACCUCACUGUGGAGUGGACUGUAUUUUUGAAAAAAUGCAUCUCCAUCAAUAUCAUUGCGCGUAAUGCACACAAUGACAGAUGACAGUCAACAGUGAAGAUACGGUACAGCGCGGCUCUUUGGGCUUUGCGCAUGCGCUGUAGAGAAUACAUGCUCAACACCUGAUACCACCAACACUCGUAACAGCGAUCGGUCAGUCGUCAGUCGGUGUCUCCACUUCCGUCCUUUCAACAUUGCAGCUACUCGAUUAGCCGGUAGUUGACAAUUUUAAAUCGAAGUAAAACUUUAUCUCAUUGAAUUGGAAGAUCGUAUAGCCACCCCUGGGUUUCGAUUGAUCUCGAUAGCUUAGUUACGAACGUUUUUUACGAAAAGUUUUUGAGUGUUAGUGUAAGCGCGUGCGCGCCAUGUGUCACCUGAAGCCGGCGCCGCGGUCUCCCCGCAGAAGAAAAGGACGAUUUUGGGGCAGCAUCGAUUUUGGAAUGACACUCCUGUCAUCCACAUACUUAUGCAGCAAUUCCUCGAGAUCGACUCUCACCAAAUUUGACAGACGUUUGCGAGUGCAUAUCAUGAUUGUCUACUUUGUUUUGAUUGCUGUCAAUCUGUGUGCAGCUCAGCGUGAGUCACGAUCAGGCGAUGAAAAGUCACCGAACCCAAGAGGUCUGUUCUCUCCUCGAAUGCAAUACGACGAGUGGACGCCGCUGGGGCGGGGGGAUCCACUCAAGAACGACCCCACCUUCGACUACAUGCCUCCAGUUCUUGAGAGAGUGCAGUACUGGAUGUCACCGGCCGCCCGCACGCCAGACCCGCCAAGGGUGACGACUUCUACAGCGCCGCCUCUCGACAGACGCUACCAGGAACUAACUGGCAACAAACGCUACCAGGAGCUCCCUGCUAACACACGCUACCAGGAGCUCACUGGUACCCAGCAGAGGACCAGACAACAGUAUGUGCCAGUCUACUACCAGGGUCACAGACCUCAUCAUCAUCACUACCAUCACCACCAUCACAACAACCACCCACCAGCACCACAAACAAUACUGGUACCUCCUCCUGCGCCUGGUAAGAACAGUUUCCAAUACCAGGCAAACAGCGUUUACCCAUCAACAACUUCCAGUCUGUUGUCCAACAACGACCUCUGGGAAACACAGUUGGCAACAGUGGCAGCAUCACCUACAACUCAAUCCCAUCAGCAACCUCAUACACGUGAAACCAUCACGUUUGUCAACAACCAGAACACUUUUGAUAUAACACCCUCCCCUUCCGUUCUCCAUUACAUUUUAAACAGUGAAUUAGCUCCUGUACCUUCGUCUCUACCCCCUCAACACGUCGUUUUCCCCUCCUCUACACCACCCACCACCCCCACCACAACAACAACAUUACCAACUUCAUAUGUAUCCUCAACAACAGUUGAAACGUCAACUACACCCAACAGAAUCACCACAACUACUAUGGUCAACCCAUCCCUCACAACUGACCCUCUGUUCUCGCAUUAUAAGCAGCCUGCAAAGCCAAUCAAAGGCCCCAUGUACUUGAUCAUCGAAGGACAUUCCAAGGUCAAGACGUAUGGUCCAGCAAAAUUGGAUAAAAUUUCUGGUAUUCCGGUUCAGGAGAGUAAUGACAUAUCUUCAGAUGACAGCAACCGCUAUGAAAGGUCUUCAAGAUGAAAAGAGCUCGCAAAGUAGGAUAAUGACUUCAUUGGAUAAAUAUUCAACAUGUACCGCAAUUGUUGAACUUCUUCAGUAGCCAAAGAUAUAAUUAAACGAAUAAUACUUUUAAAAUCGUUUAUAAAAAGACUUGGAAUUGUCAUUCAAAUCAACAAUGAUACAGUAGAUUUGAGAAAUUAAUGUGAUGAAUCUACUUUGAGAAGUGAAUUUUAAUUACAUAGUAGUUACAGACUUACAGUAGCCUAAUAAGAAAGUAAAGGCUCACUCCAUAAUAUUAUUCAAGUAAAUAAUCUUCAUGAUUUUGAAUCAUGUUCUAAUUUGGAAAUAUAAACAGGAAAAUUUUUAAACAAAUUUUAGAAUUAUUAUGAUUUUCUAACGAACGAAUAUAUUUUUUAACAAGUUUGAAGACUGAUUUUGAUGUGGUGGAAGAAUAACAGAGAGAUGUAUUGUUAUUUCUUCAGAUUAAAUAAAUACUCAAUUCUGAAAAUGGAAAAAUUCAUAGCAUUUUAGCAUUGACAAUUUUGUUAGUUUUCAUUGAAUAUUUCAAAUCUAGUAAAGAGUUUUUAAAGGCUCCAACGGUACCUACAGUUUUUGCUUUUGAAUAACAUAUUGUUUGAAUUCAAAAAGUGGUACACACUUCAAUUUCUGUAUUUGAAUACCGGAUUAUGAAAAUUAUAUAAAUCUCCUUUUUCUUGCGGUAAUCUACAAAAAAAUCAUUCGGCUAAUUGUUAAUGAUUGGCAGGACAUGAAUCCUUAUUUGAUCUUCGAGCAUGAAUAUUUUAUUAUUAAGUUACCAUCUUGAUUCUAUCUCUUGAAUAUUCAUAAGCCGAUUUUCAUUCUAAACCAAUAAAUUAUAGACGACUUUGAAAAGGUAUGAAUGAUGUAUCGGAUUAUGUUUAAAGACUCAUUUUUAAACCGAAUGAAAUAAAUAAAUAUCCCGUGAUGGGAGAAAAACAAUACAUUUCGGGAAAAUGACUUUUCCAACAUGAGUUUCUAGACUGCUCUUCCUUGAUCUAGAUGGGUAAAAUGAUGCAAUAGAAGGAUUUGAUUAACAAAAUGAAUAAAGUUCAGAACAGGUUUUAAUUGAUAGCAGAAGAACUAUUUAUUUUGUUAUUUUCAAUCUUAUUGUUUCAAUUGGUUUCAUAAGUCAGUAAUCGAUUUAGAUAUCAGAUUUGGAAGCUUUUCAUUAGUCAUUCUUUCACUUCUACACUUUUCUAAUGUUUUAAGUGGACUGAAAAAUUAUAAGCAAUAAGAAAAAUCAUGAGCCUUAUACACAAUAUUGGUAUUCCUUUACAGUAUAUGGAAACUGUUUUAUCCAAAUUAUGAAUCUUCCCUAAUAUAAGGUUUUCAAUAAUAAUUAUAUGUACCUGAUAUAUUGUGUUUGAAAAUAUAAUAAAAAUUAUAAACUUAGAAAAGAAAAUGAUGGAGAAUAUAAUAUGUAAUCCAAAUAAUAG